UCUCAGAACAUCAGCAUAGUGUUAUUUCUGUGUCGCUAUCGCUAUCUCAAUUUAGAUUACGUUAAUUUGAAAGAUUUUACGAGUUAUUCAAUAUGGCAGACUCUACCUCUACGAAGCCUGUCCACACUAUCGUCCUCGAUGCUGGUCCGAUCCUCAAAAAUACCCCGCCGCUUUCCUCCCUCCUCGCACAAUGCGAAGAAAUCCUGACUACGCCAUCUGUGAUUAAUGAAAUCCGUGAUCCCGAUGCGCGCCAACGUGUUGAGACCCUCUACCUCCCAUUUCUCAAGCAGCGCUCUCCGAACCCUAAGAGCAUCAGUGUGCUAAGCGAGUUCGCGCGAAAGACCGGUGACAGGGCAGUGCUGAGCAAGACUGAUAUUGAAAUCCUGGCCCUUGCCUAUGAAGUUGAGUGUGAGAGAAAUGGUGGGGACUGGAGGUUGCGUAGUGUCCCUGGACAGAAGCGGGUGAACGGCAAGCCUCCCAUGAAGGAGUCGGAGAAGCCGGUGGAGCCUGAAUCACAGGAGUCUCUGAACACGGAUGAGAGUGUAGAGAAACCCAGCGUGGAGGAGAUUACUGAAGAAUUGAAAACCGCAUUGUUGGAUAGUGAAGGAAAAGAAAAUACUGAGGAAGGAACUCCCGCCAACACGGAAACCGAGACGGUGGAAGAAACCAGCCAGGUUGAUGAGCCUGCUACCGAGGUCCCUGAGGAUGAAGCGCAGGACGAAGAAGACGGUGCUGCUUCUGAAUCGGGUGGUGAAGAGUGGAUCACACCUUCAAACUUGAAGAAGCGACAGGCUCGUGAUGAAGCUGGUGCGGCGACUGCAGCUCCAGAGCAAAAAGUAAUGCAGGUUGCAAGCAUGACUACUGAUUUCGCGUGUCAAAACGUACUGCUUCAGAUGAACCUGAACCUGCUUUCUGCAACAACUUUGCAGAGAAUUCGCCAUCUGAAGUCCUUUAUCAAGCGUUGUCACGCUUGUUUCUCCACCACCAAGGAUAUGAACAAGCAGUUCUGUCCUCGAUGUGGUGGAGACACCCUCACACGUGUCUCUUGCACGACGGAUGCCAACGGACAGUUCAAAAUGCACCUGAAGAAGAACAUGCAAUGGAAUACCCGAGGGCACAAGUACAGCAUCCCCAAACCAGUCCACGGCAGCUCCAAUGGAAAAUGGCAGGGAGGAGGUGGUAAAGGCGGCUGGGGAACCGAACUAAUUCUUGCCGAAGAUCAGAAGGAGUAUGUUAGAGCCACCGCAGAGCAGAAUCGCAGGCUUCGGAAAGAACGGGAUCUCAUGGAUGAGGAUUAUCUCCCAGGUAUUCUGACUGGAGAAAGAACCAAGCAGACUGGCCGUGUGAGGGUCGGCGCUGGUCGGCAUGUGAACUCGAGGAAGCGAUAGUCGGUUCCUGUUCGUUGUUCUUUGCAUUAUUUGGAUCGGAGUUUCUGGUACAAAAAAAGUUUUCCGUACUUUGACGGAAUCAUGAUAAUGGUUGAAUUUACGCAUCAUAGAGCUUACACAUAUUUCCUUGAACAUAUCC